AUGUCCGAGCGCGCGACGCGGUCCGUGGUCGUCGUCAAGGUCGGUACCUCGAGCCUGCUCAAGCCCGAGGACGGGUGCUUGCAUCUCUCGCAACUGUGCUCGCUGUGCGAAACGGUGAGCGAUUUACAUCGCGCCGGCCACGCGGUGGUCCUCGUGAGCAGCGGCGCGGUGGGCGCGGGAAUGGUGAAGAUGGGAAUAAAACCCGGACCGACGAAACCGACGUUGGCGCGGAAGCAAGCGUUGGCGGCGAUCGGGCAACCGCACUUGAUGAGGUAUUACGAAGACGUGUUCGGCUCGCUCGGGGUGAAGUGCGCGCAGGUGUUGUUGACGCUCGAUAAUCUAUCAAAUAGGACGCAAUACGGCAAGGCGAAGCGAACGUUCGAGCAAUUAUUUGAACUCGGGGUCGUUCCCGUCGUGAACGAGAACGACACCGUGGCGGUGGAGGAACUGCGGUUCGGCGAUAACGACACGCUGAGCGCGCAGGUGGCGGCGCUCGUCGACGCGCAAUAUCUCUUCUUGCUCACCGAUGUCGAUGGUUUGUACACGGCGAAUCCGAACACGAAUCCAGAGGCGAAGAAAAUUCCAAUCGUCGAGGAUAUCAACGCUUUGCAGGUGGACGUGGAUUCCGGGGCGGGAUCGAACGUGGGCACCGGCGGGAUGGUGACAAAGCUCACCGCGGCGCGCAUCGCGAGCGCGGCGGGAUGUCAAACAAUAAUUUGUUUAGCCUCCACCAUCGUGGAGGUUCUUAAGGGCAGCGCGGGAGUAGGAACGAAAUUUUUAGCGGCGAAGAAGAGCGCCAGAGGGAAGAAGCGAUGGAUAUUAACCGUCCCGAUUAAGGGCGAGGUGAAGGUGGACGACGAGGGCGCCAAGGCGGUGCUCAACGGAAUGGCCCUGGCGGUAUCAAAGUGCGUCGCCGUCGACGGAACGUUCGGUGUGCAAGAAGCGGUGCGUAUUGUGGACGAAAAUGGUCUCGAACUCGCUCGAGGACUGUCGAAUUACACCGUCACAGCGAUGCGUGAGCUGUUGAAGCGUCCGCCUCGAAGCGACGAUGACUGGGACGACGACGAGUUCGAGCUCGACGGCCCUCCAGAGUUGGUACACGCGAAUAACGUGUGCGUCACCAACGUUGAGACGCUCGCGAAAUCAUUCGUCCUCAAAAACGUCGGGUACGGAUCGAUGAUCAUGGAGGGGAGUUCCAGUGAAAACGAAGACUCGUGA